GAAGAAGCAACUGUUCCAAUACCUUGUACUGAGUUUAGUUCAGAUGUUAAUAGUAAAGUAGUAGUUUCCAGUGGUAUAGUAGAGAAUAUGGCUUAUGCUGGACUGGUUUAUUAUGAGGAGAAAAGAGCUGAAGACUUGGUGACAUUUGCUGCUGCUAAAGAUCUCAAUGCACUGCUUGAGUUUAUUAAGAAAGACUGUUCUCAUGCUGAAAGAGGGCAAAAUAUUCUAUUUCGUUUCAAAAAUUUUGAUGGAUAUAUUGAGUUAAGGCUUGAUGCACCUCAAGAUGAGCCAUUCACUGGUUGGAGUAUUAAGCCUCACCUUAAGCCUUGUAGAUUUCUACGUUGUGAUGUUGAUAAGUUUGGUGAAGCUAAUUAUCCUCUUCCUUCCACUUGUCUAAUAUCAGUAUAUGGGUCACCUGGUGCUGUACCAUCAUUGCACUAUUCUAUACCACUGGAUGGAGUGGCUGAUCCUAAGACAUUAUUCAUUCACCGAUCACUGAGAACUACUCCUUCAUUAACCAGUAAUAGAUAA